UUACAGGCGUGAGCCACUGCGCCCGGCCUUUUCUUUACAUUUUUAAUAGACAUCCAACUUACAGGUCUACUAUGACCUGUGUGGUUCAUUCUGUUCACUAUCAGAAUCUUCCAAGAUUCAUAUCAGUUACUGAAUUUUGUCAAGCUCCCUAGUUAUGGUUGUGUUUUAGUCUAAGAACCCACCCCUAGUACUUGCUUUCCCUUAUUCUCAUAUUUUAAAGUACUCAUUUCAGAAGUGGUUUGGGAAUUUUUGAAAAUACUUUUUUUUUUGAGACAGAGUCUCGCUCUUGUCCCCCAGGCCAGAGUGCAAUGGCACGAUCUUGGCUCACUGCAACCUCCACCCCCCAGCUUCAAGCAAUUCUCCUGCCUCAGCCUCCGGAGAAUACUUUUUUUUUUUAAACAAAGACAACUAUAUGUAGCUAGUCAAGUCAUGGCACUCCCUUUUAAUUUUCUCUUGAAGAUUACCUAGAUUUUAGCAGGAUAGGAAUAGCAUUUAAUACUAUUCUUAGGUUUUUCCAAGUAUUAAUGCUGUUGUCUUUGUUUGCUGUGUCUAGAAUGUAGUUGUCUCCCUCCUGACCACACAAUUCUUAAGUAGGUAGGCUCUGCCUUGUCUUCCUUUUAUUUUGUGUAUGGUUUCAUACUUGAACUUGAUUCAAACAUGUCUAUCCACCUUCCCCAAUACCAUCUCUCAGUUGGCAACUUGGUCUGGCUCUUUAACUGAAGCAUGUAGUUGAUAUGCUGAUUUUUUUCAGUAAUAGGUUUUAUAUUUGGAUAUUCCCACAUCAUCACUGGAAAUUUUAUGAAGAAUCCAUCAUAUUCAACAUUCUUUCUGGUUCAGUUAUUGAAAAGUUUGUUUAUAUUUUGCCACAGGGGUUUGUGUGGUUUUAUUGUAGGAUGCUUUUUUUGUUGUUGAUUCUAAUUUACUUGGCUGGCCUGUGAAUGCCAUUCUGAAUUGGUUACUAAAAAUGUUUAUAUUUAGACCUGGACAGAUAAUUUUUUCUUUCGUUUUAUGAGUACCUUUUUAAAAUAAAAAACUUUUUAACUCAACAGAAGUCUAAAGAAGAUGGAUCAUUUAGUAUUUAAUGGGGAACACAAGUGUUGAGGUAAUGAGCAUAUGAGCAUAUUUGAGUUUCAUUUUUCAAGUUACUUAGGUUAGAAUUUUUUUUUCAUAGUGGGGAUUAUUUGGGGAUCAUUUUACAUACUGCCUUGAGAAGAGUCUUGGUGCCUUUUGUUAUUAAAGUAUUGUAAUAGGUAAUGUUUGCAAGGUAUUGCAAUAUAUUGAUGUACUUUAAUAUUAUAUAUAGUAUUCCUCCAUGUCAAUAAGUAUUGAAGAUGUUUAUGAUUGAUUUUUUCCUUUAAUUUUCUCUUACUUUUCACUUCUUGACUUCAUGUAUCAAAGAAGAAAUCCAGAGUGAAAUUAGAGAGUAUUUUGAACUAAAUGAAAAUGAAAACAACACAACCUGCUAAAAUUACUUAGAUGUAUCUAAAGCAGUACUUAAAGAGAAAUUUACCACUGAAAACCUACAUUAGAAAAGAAGGUCUCAAAUCAGUAAAAUCAGCUUUCACCUUAAACUAGUAAAAGCAAAACAAAUGAAACCAGAAGUUUACAGAAGGAUUAUAAUAAGGAUCAUGGAGGAAAUCAAUGAAACAGACAACAGAAAAGCAAUAGAGACAAUGAAGCCAACCUGGCUAUUUGAGAAGAUAAUAACAUUGUUAAAAUUCUGUCAUAUUAAUCAGUCAAAAGAAGAGAGAAGACAAAUUACCAAAUUAGGAAUGACAGAGGUCUCAUCUCUACAGAUUCUAUAGAUCUUAAAAGAAGGGGAUUAGUAUAAGUAACUUUAUACAUAUAAGCUUUACAAUUUACAUGAAAGGGAUAAAUAGAUAAGUUGAUUUGUAUAUCAUUAAAGAAAUUGUAUUUGUAGUUAAAAACCAGCAAGCGAAGGGUAAACAAAAGAACAUUCUAGACAGAGAGACAUAUCCCAAGAUACAUAGAAAUACCAAGCAUAGAGCUACACUGUAUAAUAUGGUGACCACUAGCUAUAUGUGACAAUUUAAAUUUAAUUGUAAUUCAGUAAAAUAAAUUUUGUACCUGUCACAUUUGCCACAUUUUAAGUUAUCAGUUACCUACAUGUGACUGAUAUUAUGUAGAACAUAAAGAACAUGCACAUCAACAAAGUUCUAUUGGACAGAGCCAUCAUAAUGUGUUUAGGAAACUUCAGGAGUUCUGAUUUGAUGAGAGUGUACGUUGCAAUGGUGAGAUGGAAGUUGCAAAGGCAAGUUGGAAGGGAAUUAUGCUGGAAGGGCAAACUGAAUCCAAACCAUUGAGUGUCUUCAAAGGCAAUGGUGUUUGGAUUUACCCUAGGGGACACCAGCUAGGGUGGAGAGGUGAUUUUCGGUUUUGAUUAGUGACAGUAGAUGCUGGUAGGGUAAGUUGAUCUGAUAUGUGUUUGUUUGGUUUUGAUUAGUGAAGGUAGAUGUUGGUAGGGUAGGUUGAUCUGAUUUGUGUUUGUUUGGUUUUGAUUAGUGAAGGUAGAUACUGGUGAGUUGAUCUGAUUUUGAGUAUAAUAUUUUGGAAUAUUAUUCUCAAUAUGUUUUGAAAUAAUAUUUUGAAAUAAUAUUUCUGGGGGCAGGAUAAAAGGUAGAUUUGAGGGAUGAAAUCAGUAUUCGUGAGCUCACUCUCUAACAGCCAAGUUGUCCAGAUGAGAGUGGUGGUAAGGACUAAGCUAUAAUGAGGCAAUGAGCAUAUAAGGGAUUAGACAUUUGACUGCUAUUUAGAGGAAAAAAAGAUAGGAGGAUUUGGUUUGGGAGCUAACAGAAUCUGAAUGACCCUGAUUUCUGGAUCGAGCAUAUAGAGACAAGAUAGGACUUAUGUGGGGAAAAGCAGACUUUGAAAAGAGAAAAUGAGUAUGACUAUAAAUUUGGCCACAUUAACUUUAAAGAUAGGCCCAAUUUAAUUAAGAGUCUGGAGUUGAUAAAACUCAGGAUCAGAUAUGUGCUUUUGGGCAUCACCAGAAUGUAGUUGGCUUUUUGAAGCUUUGACUUUGGAUAAGAUUGCCCAGAGAGAACAUACAGCAUGUACAGAUCAAAGCCAAGGACACACCCCAAUAUUUAUUAGGUAUAGAAAGGUAGGACCUUAGAAUAAGAAUGAAAAUGAGUAACUAGAGAGAAAAAAAAUAAAGAGUGGUUCCCAAAAGAGCCCAAAGAAGAUAACAUUUCAAGGAGGGUUGCUGGUCCAGAGAAGUCAUAUAAAAGAACCAUAAGCAUAUAUUGGAUUUGUUGAACAGGAAGUCAUUUGGGACCUUUCAGAAGUGUAGUAUUCUGAAACACCAAGCAAAUUCAGACCUUCAUGCUGAGGUGAAUUUGUAAAGGGUCAUUGGGCAUACCCUUUGGGAGAACUGAUACGGCCUUCAGACAUCUACAAUAUAGAGAAUGCCAAGAACUUCUAAGCCUGUAUCAGAAAUAUUUAUCAGAACAACAGGAGAAGCUCACCAUGUCUCUCUCAGAACUUGGUGCUGCUAGAAUGCAGGAACAGCAGGUAUCCAGUAGAAAAAGCACUCUCCAGUGUUCAUCUGUGGAACUCGAUGGUUCCUACUUGAGCGUAGCCAGACCACAGACCUAUUAUCAAACCAAGCAAAGACCUAAGUCUGCAGUCCAGGAUUCAGCUUCAGAAUCCCUUAUAGCAUUUAGGAAUAAUUCUUUGAAACCAGUAACCCUUCAUCAUCCCAAAGAUGAUCUAGAUAAGAUACCAUCAGAGACCACAACAUGUAAUUAUGAAUCUCCAGGGAGAAAACCAGUAGAUGCAGUCCCAACAGAGAAAAUGCCACAAGAAGAAUUAAACAUGAAGGAAUGUCCACACCUUAAGCCUACUCCUAGUCAGUGCUGUGGUCAUAGACUUGCUGCAGAUCGUGUUCAUGACAGCCAUCCUACAAACAUGGCCCCUCAACAUCCUAAGACACAUCCAGAAUCAUGCAGUUAUUGUCAGCUUUCUUGGGCAUCUCUGGUGCAUGGUGGAGGGGCACUGCAACCCAGUGAAACUUUGAAAAAGCAGAUCUCAGAAGAUAGAAAGCAGCAACUGAUGCUUCAGAAAAUGGAACUGGAAAUUGAAAAGGAGCGCCUUCAGCAUCUGCUUGCCCAGCAGGAGACAAAGCUUCUUCUAAAACAGCAGCAGCUUCACCAGUCUCAACUGGAUUACAAUUGUUUAUUAAAGUCAAACUGUGAUGGCUGGCUGCUUGGAACAUCAUCAUCUAUUAAAAAGCACCAAGACUCCCCAAACAGUGGAGAGAAUAGGAAGGAGAAGAAGACAGUUGGGUUUCAUUCGCAUAUGAAAGAUGAUGCCCAGUGGUCAUGUCAAAAGAAAGAUACAUAUAAACCCCAAAGAGGAACAAUGACAGGAGUUAGAAAAGAUGCAUCUACAUCUCCUAUGCCAACAGGAAGCCUAAAGGAUUUUGUCACCACAGCCUCACCAUCAUUACGGCACACCACCUCCCGGUAUGAGACAUCUUUGUUGGAUUUGGUUCAGUCUCUGAGCCCAAACUCUGCGCCCAAACCUCAGCGCUAUCCCUCCAGAGAAGCUGGGGCCUGGAAUCAUGGUACUUUCCGACUCAGUCCUCCAAAAUCGACCCGGAAGAAGAUGGGGAUGCACAGAACCCCUGAAGAGCUGGAGGAGAAUCAGAUUCUGGAAGAUAUAUUUUUCAUUUGACAUAUUGCAAAAUUUUCUUAGGAAAUUUGUGGGUUUCCUCACAUACUCAUCUAGGAUUUUAAAUUAUUUCAUCGCAAAGUAAUUGUGUCUCUCCUUUCAUGGGGACCUGUCUCACUAGCAUCCUGUUACAUAUUGAAUAUAGAAAUCAUUCUAACAACCCAGGGUGUUUUCAAUCAGACCAGGCAUUCGAUAACACACUAAGGGGGUAGGAAUGGAAGAUGGUAUCUUUUGUAUGCUAAACAGAUUAGAAAAUUAACAUAGGAUACUUUCUGCUUGGUGGAAACCAUUGCAUAUUCAGCCUCAUUUCGAGAGUGUUUCCUUCUCAAACUUCUGCUAGAAAAGGCUGACUCACUUUUAUAUACAAGAAAAACCUUUCCACUGAAAAAUCCCUCUAAUUUAAAAGUAACCCCUUUGAAACAUAAGCAGUUUCAGAAAGGCAGACUUUCUCAUCCUGUUCUCUCACUACUACAUCUCUGUAAGUGGUCUUUUAAUUCUGAAGCUGGAGUUGGUGCCCCUGCCAUCACAAACGACACUGAAAACCAAUUGUGAGUCAGUCUCAGUAGCCAUCAGCCUGGCAGCUGCCCAUCCCAUAACCAAAGAGCUCAAUGGGCUGGAGGGUGAGACCCAGCCAAUCCUUGGGAGCAACCAGCACUAAAUCACAUCAGGGAGUGAUUAGCCCUGGGGAAAUUCAGUGGAGGCACAAGCCUGAAGCACUCUUCUACCAAUGUUCGGGUGACCACUCCUCCAAUAUCCCAGAAUGAAUAAGAACAAUCUCUAGGUAUUUUUAUUGACCCAAGUGUUCAGCUUAUUCACCCCACCCCCCAACCCCCAUCACAUGCGCUCCUAUGAACUUCCAUGGUUAUGUCUAGGGAAAAUGCCACUAGAGAGAGAGUGAUACAAGCUGCUGCAAGCUGAUGGGCUUCCUCUGGCCCUCCCUUUUCCUCCAUGAGGAUUAAAGGAUACGAGCUGACCAGGCCUCGCAGGUGCUCUGCUCAUGGCCCCAAAGAACCAUCUCUACUUGGGAGAGUAUGUUCCACCACCUAAGCAGGGUCUCCCUACUUUUUCUCACUGGGCCUCGUUUUGACCCAGAGAAAGCCUAUGGAAAUUAUGCAGUGCAGACCUCAUCCUGUCUGCUGUCUUUUCUCCCACAGAGCUCUUGAGAUGGGUCCUUCAGCUUGCAGUGGUCCCUAGUAGCCUCUUAAGCUAAUGGGGAUGAUAAGCCUGGUUUAGCCAGAGUUCAAAACUCUCCAGUCAUUGAAAGCAAGGGGAGGGUGUGUUCCCAGAUGUGUAUUACUUGGGAAUUUUAUUUGAUCUGGAGGGUGUGGCUUUUUUUCUCUCCUUUUUACCAACCCCAACUAAACUGGAAGUAAGACUUAGUCAGUGUUGGUAGACAGUCAUACCACCCAGGGCAGCCUGCAUGCAACGAGUCUGCGUGGCUUCCCUGAAUUACUGUUUUAAUUAAAACUAGAUUAUUUCAAUCUAGAAAAGCCUUGUUGAGCAGCCUCCUUAUCCAGAUAGAUCCAAAGCUCAUGUCUCUUCAGGCUGAGCCUCGUGCUGUCACCUCCACCCAGCCUUCUUUCACUUGGGGUUUUUUAUUCUUUGGAGUAGAAAAGAAUGGAGCCCACCAGUAUUAUAUUUUUCUUCGGAAAUAAAUAUAAAGUCAAGACUAACUAGUUAUAAACAUUCCCUUAAAAAGUUGGAAAAUCAUUACAGAUUAAAAUUUCCUUAUGAAGUUCACUACUGAGAAUAACCAAAUUGGUUUCAUCCCAUAUCAAAAAGCCUUUGGAGUGUGGAGCUUUCUGUGGUAUGGCAGAAAUGGGUGGAUGGCAAACUAAGAGCCCUCAGCCAUUUUUUCAGUUAAAGUUAGGUUGCCAGAACUUUCUUUUCCUUGCCCCCUGUGUCAUGACUAGCUUAAGUGUAUUUGACUCCCAUAGACUACUCCCAUGCCCACAGUCACCCAUUCCAGACUCCAGUGUCCUUAAAACUCUGGAGUGAGAGGAUGCCCAGAGGAUCAAGAAAAGGUUCACAGUUUCUUGAAGAAGCUUGUUUGCCUUUAGAAGAAUCGUAAACAGAGUCUAAACUAAAGGCUUUUUGGGGGACACAGCCACAGAGUGGAGUUUCAUUGCUUCUUUGCCUCUCCAUGAAUGGCCAAUUUGGAAAAACAGAGAUGGGCUUUUAGCAGAAUAUCAACCAAUACAUUUUUCACAUGCAAAACUCAUCACCAGUUGCCUUUUUCUAACUUACGGACAUUUUGUUGGUGUUGGUGCAAGGGCAAUACGAUGUAAAUUUGUAUAUAAUCUAAUGUCUUCAUUAUUAAUUGAAUAGUACAUGUUAACAUUUUAAUCUAUUUAAAUUUGCUUUGAAAUAUAUACAUACAUAUGAAUGAAAGGUUGUUACAGAUCCUCAAAGCUGCUGCAGACUAUCCCAAGAGAAAGGAUCUGGCACAAAGGAAUCUGCCUUUCCUCCCUCUCAAGUCUCCUACCCUUGACUGGUUGGGAUUUGCUCGUCCAGCCUCUAGACGCUUCCCAAAGCAAGACUGGACACAUGCCGAGGGCGUUGCGGAUAGUGCCUCAGCAUUGCCCACCCUGCUGCCCACCUCCUGUAAGAGAAAAACCAAUCAAUGUUUACAAAAUGAAAAGGACACAGCAUGUCCUUUGAACUUCCUAAGUAAGGCCCACAGUGCUUGAUGUAGAGAACCAAAGUGAAUCACAGAAAAGCUUUUGCUAACAGUCCGCUUUCCAGGAGGAAAACUUUUGUUUAUCCAAACCUGACCCCCAUGAUGGGGACUUUUCUAGAGCACCCCAAAUGUCAUGGGGAGGGAGGGACUCUUUCUGCUCCCUCAGAGCUACUCUUCACUUGUCCCUGCUUCCAGCACCAAGUUCAUAAUAGAGAUCUUCUGGCCAGAGAAUCAGGGGAGAGGAGAGGCCUGAUGGGGCAGAGCUGGAUGAAGUCUGCUAAGAGAGAUGGAGGCUGUGGCGGACUCCUUCCAACUCACGAUUUAUCCUCAGCUCAGAGUGUAUUUUGAAUAUGAGCAAAUGUUUAUGUACUUAUGAGAUUUCAAGUUAAUAAAUAAUCUCUAUGGCUAUUU